GCAGGAUGCAGGCGCCACCGCAUGUAAUAGCCAAGGAGGUCACAGCUGUACGGAGAUACCCUAAUCCAGGACGAUAAAGCUCUGCGCUCGAGCUUCAGGUUUGUGGGGGAAGCUAUGGACCCGGCUUGCUCCAAGGGGAGUCAUCAAGCGACACCCAAAGAUCCCGAAUUCGAAUUCACGAUAAGGUAUGGCGCGUUGCUAAAGUACCUUGUAUAAGGAGGGGAACACGGAUAGUGAAUGAUACCCCGGGUCGUUCCCACAACCAAGGCGCCUUGAUCUAGGAAUGACCCAAAGUAUAUAAACCUCUGAUCCCAUAUAGAUUUCUGUGGCUUUGCAACAUCCAUACAGAAAUAUCCAGUUGCAUCUUAAAUAAACACUACCUAAUCAAUUCAGUGCAAUGUCGGCCGAUAAAAUCCAGCCGUCAUACGAGGUUUCCUCGUCACCAGACCCGGAUGCUUACUCCAAUGAACCCAAGAACCCUCUUGAAGCUGUAACGUCGUAUGACGGCAUGACGGCGCAAGAACGCUUCCCCAACAUCGACGAGAAGAAGGUCCUCCGCAAGAUGGAUAUGCACUUGUUGCCGAUGCUCGCGGUUUUAUACUUGCUUUCCUUCUUGGACAGAGGGAACAUUGGAAAUGCAAAGAUUGAAGGUUUGGUUGAAGAUUUGGGCUUGUCCAACAACCAGUACAACUUGUGCCUCACCAUUUUUUUCAUUACAUACUCGCUUUUCGAAGUACCUUCAAACAUGUGCUUGAAGUUGUUGAGGCCUAGUAUCUGGAUUCCGACCAUCAUGAUUGCCUGGGGCGUCGUGAUGACACUCAUGGGGAUUGUUCACAACUUUGCCGGCUUGUUCGCCUGUAGGCUAUUCUUAGGGGUGGCCGAAGCCGGGUUGUUUCCGGGAGUGGCGUAUAUUUUAACCAUGUGGUACUGCAAGGGUGAAAUUCAAUUCAGACAGGCCAUGUUCUUCAGUGCUGCCUCCGUUGCCGGGGCUUUCUCAGGGCUUUUAGCGUUUGGGAUUUCCAAGAUGGAUGGCGUUGCCGGUCUUGAGGGGUGGAGGUGGAUUUUCAUCUUGGAAGGCAUAUUGACUGUCUUGGUUGCUUUUGGAAGUUUCUGGGGCUUGCAGGAUUUCCCCGAAACCGCUUCUUUCUUGACCCCGGAGGAACGUGAGUUUGUGCUUUGGCGUUUGGCCAACGAUAGCAACAAGGCUCCAGGCGGAGAGGCUAUUGAGUCUCGCAUGAUUCAGUAUUCGGACGCGGGCUCCCGCGUUCCAUUAGUGGAAAAGAAACUAACGCCGUGGCAAUCUCUCAAGCAGGUCUUGAGUGAUUGGCAGUGCUGGCUUCAUUUGAUAGUUUAUUACUCAGUCGUCGUUCCUUUGUACGGUAUCUCGCUUUUCUUGCCAACGAUUAUCUUGAAUUUGGGCUAUACCUCUGCCAAGGCCCAGUUGAUGACAGUGCCAAUCUACAUUGCCGCAUCCAUCGCCAGUGUGACUCAGGCAUGGUUUUCCGAUCGGGUAGGGCUCCGUUCACCAUUCAUCUUGGUGAAUCUUUUGUUCUUGGUAGUGGGCUACAGUAUGUGUGUGGGCACAGACCCUAAGGUUAAGCCUGGUGUUAUUUAUGGUGGCAGUUAUUUGAUCGCGCUUGGGGUGUAUCCUGCUUUCCCGGGUGUCAUUUCUUGGAACGCAAAUAACUUGGCAGGUUCCUACAAAAGAGCUGUGGGGAUGGCCUUUCAUAUCGGCAUCGGUAACUUCGGCGGUGCUUUUGCCUCCAACAUCUAUAGAGCGCAAGACAAACCACGGUUUAUUUUGGGCCACAGUAUGGAGCUAGGUUUCAUCUCGUUGGGGCUCUGUGGUCUAACGGUUUUGGUGACGGCUUACCGCAAGAUUAAUGCCAAGCGUGAGAAGGAGCUCCAAGACGGUAAAUGGGACGGCUAUACCAGAGAAGAAAUCUUCGACAUGGGCGAUAAAAGUCCGUUGUACCGGUACAGGCUCUAAUUCAGCUGAGUAGAUCGGUGUGUUACCUAUGUAUGUAUAGAUAGGAACUAAUGUAUGUUGGCGU